ACAAAACAUUCGGUAAAUUUAACGAGCACAAAAGCGCAUCGCGGGAAAACGUUAGUGUCUUUUCCAAUGACAAAAGAAAUAAUAUUGCAGUAAAAACGUCUUAAGAAGAACCCAAAUUGUAACUGGAAUCUCCAAAAUCGGAACAGGAUUCCGGUUCUUUGGUUAAAAUGUCGGAACGUGGUACAACGCACGUCAAUAUUCAUGGAUCUUGGAACGCUAUAUUUUCAAGCUCGCCCUUUCAUUCCGACAAAGAGAAUCGGCCGGCUGAAAAAUCAAUUCAUGAGAGUUAUUCAGAGUUGAAGAGCAAUGGAAAGUCCAAAGAACCUUUGAGACCUAUGAAAGAGACCAACUGGUUUGCAGAGCGAGUAAAUACUUUUGAGAGAGUUAUGAAUUCCCAAGCCCAUGGUUCAAGCAGUCCCAUGACAAGAUCAAAGUCAUCUAGUACCCUCCAGAGAGAAAACUCCGGACUGUAUUCCAAAUCGGACGAUCGUAUGAAAACGCCAUUGAAAUCCGGAUCAAAAAGUUCUUCGACGGUUGAUAAAACUCCUGUGACACAUUUCUGUACCCCAAGAGGAAUUGGCAGUUCUAGACAAAAUGGGAAUUCACGAACACCUCUAAAGAGAUACUUCAGCGACCACGUUCUCUCUCAAGCUACACCGGAAUGUUUCAAUGCUGUUCACAUGGAAACUCCCAAAGGCAAACAGGAUGCGACCGGAGUUGAAGAACAGACCGUUUGCGAAGGAGAAAAUAGUAAUCUCACCGUUGGAGUCAGAGUCAGGCCUCUCAGUUUCAAAGAGCUGAAUGACUCAAAAGUGGUGUCGAUAGUCCAAGUGAAAGGUCAAAAUUUGUCGGUAAAUUGCGACUCGUCAGAGCAUACGUUCGCGUACGACCACUGUUUUGUUUCGUAUGCAGACCCGGAAACACCAGGCCAUGCGAGUCAAGAGACAGUUUUUCGUACGAUGGUGCUGCCGUUGGUGCAAAAUGCAUUCGAGGGCUACAACGUUUGUUUGUUUGCUUAUGGGCAAACGGGCUCGGGGAAGAGUCACAGCAUGAUGGGAACAGAGAGUUCCUUGACGAGCUCGAACAAGUUGAAUGGCGAAGCAGGAAUAAUACCGCGGUUUUGUCACGAGAUAUUUUCGAGGUCAUCGAAAAAUCGCGAUUCCACAACGAGCGUCGAAAUUAGUUAUUUCGAAAUUUACAACGAGAAAAUCCACGAUCUUCUAGCAAGCAAUUCGGUGGCUGGGGCCAAAAGAGCGCCUCUCAAAGUCCGAGAACAUCCCGAAUUUGGCCCCUACGUCGUUGAUUUGAGUCAACACUCCGUGCAAAACUACAAUGACCUACAAACGUGGCUCCAAGUUGGAAAUUCGCAGAGAGCAACUGCAGCUACAGGCAUGAAUGAAAAAAGUUCAAGAUCGCACAGUAUUUUCAGUAUUAUAUUAACACAAACACCUAAUGGCCCUAAAAACGAUAGACAAAUCGUUGAACUCAGCCGACGAAGCAAAAUUAAUCUUGUUGAUCUUGCGGGAAGUGAAAGAUUGAGCCACACUUGUGCUAGUGGAGAACGUUUGAAAGAAGGAGUUUCUAUCAACAAAUCGCUGCUCAUUCUGGGCAAGGUUAUCGCAUCGCUGGCCGAAAGUACAAAUAACAAGAAGCGUGGUUUCAUUCCCUAUCGAGAGUCUGUUCUGACGUGGCUUUUGAAGGAAAGCCUUGGCGGUAAUUCGCGAACUGCGAUGUUAGGAACUGUGUCACCUGGAAAUAUUCAUUUGGAAGAGACUCUGGCGACUUUACGAUACGCCUGUCAAGCUCGAGCCAUUGUUAAUCGUGUGCGCAUUAACGAGGAUCCGCACGAUAAGUUAAUCAGAGAACUGAAAGCCGAAGUUCUACGUUUGCGGGGAGUUCGAGAAGUCUACGAGAAACAGUUGGGUCCUCAACCACGAAGAAUUUUGAAUUCGGAAAAAAUGGCUAACGACAAUGCCGAAGAAGUCCAGAAAAAACAGCGGGAAAUUGACGAACUCAAGGAUCAACUGAGACGAGCAGAACAACAACUUUCUUCGACUCAAAAAUCGUGGCUGGAAAAGUUGCGGGAAGCUGAGGAGAGGAAGGACAAGGAAUUAAAAUUUCUACGGUGUUGCGGUAUAGCUGUUGAGAUUGAUUUUCGUGAUAAGGCGAAACAACCGUGUCUGGUUAAUCUCGCUGCGGAUCCGAUGUUGUCCGGAGCUCUUUUGUACCUGAUUCCAAACGGUCGAGUACGCAUUGGAAAGCGUAGUACGUCUCGAAAGAGCAAUCCGCCGGAAGGAUUGGACAUUAUUUUGGAUGGGCCUCUCGUGAGGCAGUUGCACUGUACCAUCGAAAAUAAUAAUGGAAGUUUGACGCUCACACCGGAAGCCGAGGCUGAUACUUAUCUCAAUGGGCAGAUGGUCAACGGUCGAGUUCGCUUGAACCACGGAGACCGUUUGGUUAUUGGGGGCAAUCAUUAUUUCAAGGUAUGCCUUCCCCAUGGAGACCAGAAUAACAAACAGAUAACAGCCCAACCGGUGGAUUUUGAGUUCGCGCAUCAGGAAAUAUCAACAAUACAAGAAGAAAAAUUGAGAGCCGAGCUGGAGGAGUCGAAGCAAAAAGCGAUCAAGGAGCUGGAGAACGCGAAGCGUGAGAUCGAAGCGCAACUCAAUGCCCAAAAAUGUUCGUAUGAACAAGAAAUCCAAGCCCUGGGCACAAGCCUGGAAAAACAGAAACGAGCUCUUGAGAAAACCAAUCGACAGAAGAGAGAGCUCGAAAUCGAAAAAGAUUUGUUGGCCAGCGAAGUCGAGAGGAACAAUCGCAUGAAAGAAUUAAUUACCAACAACUCUAGAAUACAAGUGACGCCUUACAAAUCAAAUUUCCUUGAAGAACUCGAAGCGGUGUUGUGCGAAAGCACGGAGGUGGAGUCGGCCCUUCGAAUGAAAUCAAGCAACGAAGCGAUCAAGGCCGGUGGUGUCAGUUUGCAUGAGAUGCAAUUGCUAGUCAGAGAAGCCACAGAAAGAUGCCGAGAUGUUGGCGUCAAUUACGAAUUCUAUCAGCAACAAAUGGUGAUAGAUAAAGAGUUGCGGUCGGUGGUGCGCGUACGUGACCGGGAUUCCGGACUGGAGACGCACUGGGAACCGCUGCAUUUUCUCGAUUGGGUGCAUCGUUUGAGAGACCACGAUAUCGAGGAUUCGAUAAGAGAGUUGCGAAACAGCGAGGAUAAUUGGGAGGCGUACGAGGACAGUGAUAUCAUCGAAGAUUCAUUGAACAACAGCAGAAUAUCGAUAAACAUGGCUCCGAUGAAAAAGCAAUUGAACGAAAGCCUCCAUCAUUUGUCAUUGGACAAUUCAAUGUUGGAGAGAACGGAAGCGAACGAAACGACGGAAUCGACAUUAGAAAAGCGUCGGAGCGACAUAGCCAAGUACCUCGAAGAGAUGGAAAACGCUGCUAAAUCGUUGAGCCGUCUGUGCCACGAGUACGAAACGAGAGAAACGAGUGGUCGAGUGACCAAAUCUAUGGACAAAGUCUAUAACAUUAUCGACGAUUUGAAAAAUAUUCUUAAUGUAAAAAAUAACGAGACUAAUAACGAAAAUGACGGUUCAGACAUAAGCGAAAUCAACAACACCGUUAUCGAGAAUUCCGAAUCGGUAGUUAGCGAAAAGAACGCCAACUCGGAAAGGGUACCGAUCAAUAAAUAUUCUCCAAUCAAAUCGAAUAACCGCGACGUAUGUCCGUUUUUCAAAGAUCCACCGAACUCUAAAAGCGUUAGGUUUGAUGUGAAGUAAAAAUGUUAAGUUCAAUUUCUUUAUCUAAUAGUUUUACAAACAAAUACUGCUUAUCUCGUUAUUUUUGCUGAUUUUAUGGUUAUAUAAGAUUGACCAAUUUUUAACCAAAGUAUUUUAUUUAUUUAGCAUUAGUCCUUUUUUAAAAUACGUAUUUUAUCCAUUCCAUUUUACUUUAUGCAACAAAUAUUGCUUAGUGUAACGAUAAAUUUGCAAUAUUCGUCCGAAAAAUUUACCGAGCGUCGUUGCCCUCUUUACAUUAAUUCUUAUUUCCUUUGAUUUUCUUAUGUAUCACCUUAAUGCCGCGGAACAACACUUCGCAUAAUGAGCCUGUGAUAUAAACGAAAUUUCGUAGGUAUUGACUGACCACAGUUAAAUUAUUUACUGACGUUUCGGAGUGUUUUCGAGCUUACCUUCGUGAGAGGCAGAGGUAACUGGCGCUUGUCGGAAAAGUCGUUUAGAAUGAUUGGGAAAAAAAAAAACAAUUUUUUCAUAACAAAAUUAAGUCCCUAUAUUCCUACGACUAAUUAUUAUGUGAAAGUUCAUAAUAAGUGGCUAAAUUUUGCAAUUAUUCGUUUCAAAUUUAAACGACUUCUUAUCUGACCGAAGCCAAUCUCUGGAUUCAACCUAUUUUAAUACACUGUCGAGAAACAGACUUAUAUUUUUUAUUGUCUAGUGCCAUAAGAUUGAAAGUGACAAUACUAACAAAGUAGUAAUAAGAUACGUGAAAGCUCAAUUUCGUAUUAUAUAAGAAAAAAUAUUCAUGUAAGUCGGAAAAGUAUGGUUGCAUGUUUUAUUUGGCAAAUGUCCAAUUUCUCUUGUAUUCAAUGAAAACGUUCAAUCAAAAUAAUCUUCAAUGUCAAUGUUGGGGUCGAGUAAAUGUUUGCCAUAAAUACUGAGAUCUAA